CUACCGAAGUCGGGCGGGCCGGCGCAGUGAGUAGCGUGGUCCAUCCUGUGACUGACUGACACCCGCUUGGGAAAAAGUUACUCUGAGUUCGUGGACACACUGCCAACAUGUCUGGAGACGAUGAGACACAGGAGCAGACCAUCGCCGAUGACUUGGUGGUCACCAAGUAUAAAAUGGGGGCCGAGAUUGCGAAUCAGGCUCUGAAGACAGUGGUUGGGGCAGGUAUGGCUGGAGUCUCCGUGCUCAGUCUGUGUGAAAAGGGAGAUGCCUUCAUCAUGGCAGAAACUGGGAAAAUCUUCAAGAAGGAAAAAGACAUGAAGAAAGGUAUCGCUUUUCCUACUUGUGUUUCAGUUAAUAACUGUGUAUGCCAUCACUCCCCUCUGAGGAGUGACUCUGAUGUCAUACUGAAGGACGGGGACAUGGUCAAAAUUGAUCUGGGUGUGCAUGUUGAUGGCUUCAUCUCCAAUGUGGCUCACAGCUUCGUUGUCGGAGUGACCAAGGACAACCCACUGACCGGACGGAAGGCUGACGUUAUCUUAGCAGCUCACCUCUGUGCUGAGGCUGCUCUGCGUCUUGUUAAGCCAGGAAACCAGAACACACAGGUCACAGAAGCAUGGAACAAGAUUGCAAAGUCAUUCAAGUGCUCCCCUAUUGAAGGCAUGCUGUCCCAUCAGCUCAAACAACAUGUGAUCGAUGGGGAGAAAACUAUCAUUCAAAACCCAACCGACCAGCAGAAAAAGGACCAUGACAAGGCUGAGUUUGAGGUGCACGAGGUAUAUGCAGUGGAUGUGCUCAUCAGCACUGGAGAGGGGAAGGCAAAGGAUGGAGGUCAGAGGACCACCGUUUACAAACGAGACCCCAACAAGGUGUACGGCCUAAAGAUGAAAACAUCUCGCACAUUCUUCAGUGAGAUGGAGAGGCGCUUUGAUACAAUGCCUUUCACUCUGAGAGCGUUUGAGGAUGAAGGCAAGGCCAGAAUGGGCGUGGUGGAGUGUGCCAAACAUGAGCUGCUGCAGCCAUUCAACGUGCUGCAUGAGAAAGAGGGUGAAACUGUUGCCCAGUUUAAGUUCACCGUGCUGCUCAUGGCCAAUGGACCUCUGCGAAUCACAAACAGCCUCUUUGAGCCAGAACUCUACAAGUCUGAGCAUGAAGUGGAGGACGCAGAGCUGAAGGCUUUGCUUCAAAGCUCAGCCAGCCGUAAGACUCAGAAGAAGAAGAAAAAGAAGGCCUCAAAGACUGUUGAGAGCGCAACUGGACAGGCAAUGGAGACUGAAGCUGCAGAAUAGAUUUCUCUGACAGACAUCUGAUGACCCAAAGAACAGACGUCACGAAUCCUUCUGUCCCAGCUGUCUGAGGCACUUGCGGGUGUAGCCGCUGUGAAUACCUCUGAAUCUAACUGAUGUCAGUCUGGGAUGAUGCUGCUCCUAAUUUCUGGCACUCCACCUAUAACACACACACACACAUCCCUAGUAAAUCAAACUGUCUUUGAGACAGCCUUGUGCUCUUAACAGUGGCCAACUCUGCUACAAAAGAGGAUAUUUUGUGCAAGGGCAUAAUACUCACUGGAACAUUUAACAAUUUGACUGACCUUGAGCCUUCGUCCCUUUCUCCAUAAUAACUGUAGAUACGACUGAAAGAUAUUGAAAAUAAAAUGAGUUUGAGAGUCUCCAAGGAUGAUGAAUGCAAAAUACUGUGUCAGCGUAAUUGUGUGACAUUAGAUAAUUUUCUUGGGGUCAAAAAUCGGAAGCCAUGCUUUUUGAAAUGAGUGUAAACUUGUAAUGGGAUACAUUUGUAACACCUGUCUUUAACCCUGAAGUUAUAAGCAUGACAUUGGUCAUUAUUACUUUUCACUUCAGCACAAUUACUGCAUUGAUACUGCUCUCAUUAAGGUCUGUCUACUUGUACAUUGUGUACACUUCUAGGAAUCUACUGUAGGUUACUCAGCUAACUAAAACUGACAAUUAACAAUAUACUGGUUGAGUAAUUUAACUGGUAAAAAAAUAAUUUAUCAGUUGUGGAUGGUCUAACUCCUGCCAAGGAUUCAGCAUUCAGUCUUGUGGUGCCACCAGUGAGUCUGACAGUCUGUGUUUACAUAAGAAUUCCAUACCUGUGAGAUAUAUGGAUGCUUUUGUAAAACAAAUCCCAAUUUCAGAGACUAUUUUUGGAAACAUUAAAAAGCCACCUGACAUCA